CACAGCGGGAAAAUGGCGACCACAAUGCUGAGCGUUCGCAAUCUCUUUGAGCAGUUAAUGCGUCAGGUAGAAGGUCUCAAUGAGGGCAUUGAACCACAAUUCAUUCAGCUGGCUAAGAAUUUUGAGGAUUUUCGAAGAAAAUGGCAAAAAACGGAGCAAGAAAUUGUAAAAAACAGAGAGCUGCUGAUGAAGACAGAGACGGAACGCAGUGCCCUGGAAGUGAAGCUGAAGCAUGCUCGCAAUCAGGUUGAUGUGGAGAUUAAAAGAAGACAGCGUGCAGAGGCAGAGUGUGAGAAAUUGGAGCGUCAGAUUCAGUUAAUAAGAGAGCUGCUGAUGUGUGAUCCCUCUGGCAGCAUCCAGCUCAGCGAACAGCAGAGGAGUGCUUUAGCCUUCCUCAACAGAACUCGUAUGUCUACUGAUGGCAACGGGACUAAAAGGUUAUCUACGAUAGAUGAAUCUGGCUCUAUACUGUCUGACAUCAGUUUUGACAAGACAGAGGAUUCUUUGGACUGGGAUUCGUCUCUGGUGAGAAAUGUGAGGCUGAAGAAAAGAGAAAAACGGCGCUCUUCCAGGCAUCAGACAGAAGGUCCUCCUGUUCCAUCAAAGCGAACACGUUCAUUCGGAUUAGCUGUGGAUCCGGCCAACGAGUCCAUAAUAACUAAAACGACAGUGACUGUUCCAAACAAUGGGGGUGUUAUUGAAGCCGUGUCAACCAUUGAGACUCAAUGGAGUAGUGACUCUAGUUUGAGACCAUUUGAUGAAAGGAAUGAAGCUGACAGCUGUAGGACCCCACAGCAUCACGGAAUAAGACUUCAUGAGUUUGUCUCUAAAACAGUAAUAAAACCAGAAUCGUGUGUCCCCUGUGGGAAGAGAAUCAAAUUUGGCAAACUGUCCUUGAAGUGUCGGGACUGUCGAGUUGUGGCUCAUCCAGAAUGCCGGGAGCGCUGCCCUCUUCCAUGCAUCCCUACUUCAGGGAACACUCCAGUCCGUAUUGGAGAGGGCUCUCUUGCUGACUUUGUUCCACUAACUGCUCCAAUGAUACCCCCCUUAGUCGUUUACUGUGUCAGUGAAAUAGAGCAGCGGGGACUUCAUGAGACUGGUCUGUACAGAAUUUCUGGCUGUGAUCGUACAGUUAAAGAUUUAAAAGAAAAGUUUCUAAGAGGGAAGAGUGUUCCUUUACUCAGUAAAGUGGAUGACAUUCAUGCAGUGUGUGGUUUCCUCAAAGACUUUCUGCGCAACUUAAAGGAACCAUUGCUCACUUUCCGCCUCAAUAAAGUCUUCAUGAAUGCAGCUGAAAUUCCAGACGAUGGUAAUAGCAUUGCUGCGAUCUAUCAUGCAGUUAAUGAACUUCCAGCAGCCAACAGAGAUACUUUAGCCUUUUUAAUGAUACAUCUUCAAAGAGUGGCUGAAAGGCCAGAAUGUAAAAUGGAUGUGACCAAUCUGUCGAAGGUGUUUGGUCCUACUCUGGUGGGUCACGCAGUUUCUGAUCCUGACCCCAUGUCGAUCCUGCAAGAUACAAAACGACAACCAAAGGUAGUGGAACGUUUGAUGUCACUUCCAGCAGAUUACUGGAACCAGUUCAUGAUGGUGGAAAAUGUGGACCCAUCUCAUGUAAUUGAAAAUACCAACAUUUUUAGCACUCCGCAGACUCCUGAUAUGAAAGUGAGCAUGUUAGGACCCCUGACAACACCUGAGCAGCAAAUCACCAAAACUCCUUCCACAAGCUCUCUUUCCCAGAUGGUUAAAUCUACUAUUAGCAGAAACACACCAAAGUUUGGAAGUAAAAGUAAAUCGGUCACCAGCAUUGCCCGACAGGGCAACUUCUUUGCCUCUCCUCUACUGAAAUGAACUGAUGGUGCUUAAUAGAUGACAGUUGCACAUCUCCUAACUUACAAUAUUCUUUUUAAUUCAUACUGCGGUUUUAUUAGUUUUAAAUCAAAUACUGUAACAUGCAAAAGGCAAUACUGCAAAAAAAAAAUUUUAUUUGAGCUUUUUACCUCUACUUAUUCAAUGCAGAUGUUAGAAUAUUUAAUUUUACGUCUAACCUGGUUUUUGUUUUAUGGUGUAU